AUGUUCACUGAAGGUAUUCAGGAGUUGACGAAAGUUGUUGUCAAUCGCGAACACCGAUCUAUGGACCAGAUCGAAGCACUAAGCUCGCAGAAAAGAGCGAGAAGCUCUUUCACGAAGUCGGACCGGGGAUCUGGCCGACUGAGCGUGGUGAUGGAAGAACGCCUUGGCUCGAAGGAUGAUCUGGAUGGAAGAUACCCCAAGGAUCUCUUCUACUCCGUCGAUGGCAUCGCAAGUUCCUUUUGGAGACUUUCAAUGGGAACAUACGUCUGGAAUGCGAGGGCCGACAUUGUCGAACGAUUAGCAGAUCGGGAGACUGGAGAUAGGUAUCUGCCCGCAAAAGUAGGCGUCCUUCCAGUGGCCACCUGCGUCGCACUAUGA